AUGUCAUUCACCAAAAAAGAAAAACCCAUUAUUUACAGAUACAGCUUUGAUAACACCGUUCUUACUAGGCCUGAAGUUAUACGCGAUCUUGGGGCAAUAACUGAGUCUGCUUUCAAAUCCUUAGGCUUUGUCAUCCGGAAUGGUCGGGAGUUUGGUGAUAUUGAAACACUGAAAUUACUCUAUUUCACUUACUAUAGAUCUUGUCUUGAAUACGCCUCUGUCAUAUGGAGUCCUGUAUAUAAUAUCCACAUUUCUUCCCUUGAAAGAAUACAAAGACGUUUUCUUAAGACGGUGUCCUACAUAGUCGAUGGCGUUUAUCCCCUGAGAGGUUAUCCUCAGGAUUUACUUCUGGGUAGAUUCAAAAUUCCAUCUUUGCUAAAUAGACGUAGAGAGCACUCGGUAAUAACUUUAUUUAAAAUUGUCAAAGGACUGCAAGAGUGUCCUGAUAUACUUUGCAAUUUAUCACUUAAGAUCAACAAAGGGAACAUGCGUAGUAAAAAUUCUUUCUAUUUGCCCACUGUACGCACUAUCAGUAGAGCAAAUUCUCCACUUGUUCAAAUGGUUGUUAAUUAUAUGGGCAUCGAGAAUCAAGUCGAUCUAUUUAACUGCACUUUAGGUCAGAUUAAAAGAUACUACCAAACAGAGCCAAGUUGA